AUGUAUGGCAUCGUCCCUAUAGACGACCCGGCACCACCAUACCGGCCGAUGCUGGAUCCGAAUCCUUAUGCCGACUCAGCCAGCGGAUUGACCUCGAGCACAUCGACCUCAUACGCCGAGUCGAAUCCCGAACAACAUCGCGCAGACAAGUACAUCAACCCACCGCCGCCACCACCCGAUCAGCAUGAUAUGAAAAAGGUCAAGCAGUUUUCUGUCACGACGACCCUGAACAAACUUCUGCGCAAGGCCGUCAAGGAUGGGACGUGGAUCUUCGUCGCCGACACAUCGUUUAGACUUUACAUCGGCAUCAAGCAGGCUGGCGCCUUUCAACACUCGUCGUUUCUCCAAGGCGCUCGCAUAUCCGCCGGAGGACUCAUCGGGAUCAAGGAGGGCAAACUCAACUUCCUGUCGCCGCUGAGCGGGCACUAUCGCCCCCCAACAUCGAACUUCCGCGCCUUUAUGCGGAGUCUCAAGGCCGAAGGCGUCGACGUGGGACACGUGCCAAUGUCAAAAGCAUACGCCGUCCUUUUGGGUUUAGAGACGUAUACCAAGACACGGCGUGUAGGAAAAGAUCUUGUGCAUAAAAUGAUUCACGGGAAAAACAAGACUAUCCACCCCAAGGAGAUGAAGCGGAAAAAAGAGGAAGAAAAGGAUACGAGCAAGAGUGCGCAGAAAGAAAGGCAAGUCGUGGCCGAAGGAAAGCGGCAAGCAGAAGCCGAGAAGCAGGCUCAUGUGGAAGAAACCGCCAUGAAGGCGCUGGAAAAGCUGCAUAUAGUGCCCACGGCAGCUGGUCAAGACUCUCCGAAGAGGACUGUUACAUAUCUUUAG